CUCCCCUGUCGCAAGCGAUGACGUAUUAUUUGUGAGACGCGUUUAGGUGCUGUUUAUAAUGAACACCGGGCGCUGCGGUCACGGACAACAGUCACUUCGGGAGCCCUUGUAAAAGUUGUCCAAACAUAAGGUGGAGCAUGUCUGCCGCGGCGCUCCGUCUGAUCCGCUGCCGGAGGCUGAGCACAGCGGGGCCGCCUGGGCUGAGGAAGGCGCUCCAGUGGAGGACGUGGAAAAAGCUUGCCAAGGUAACAGGGGCCGUGGUCCUGGGAGGCUGUCUUUUCAUUACUUAUGAGGUAGUGGCACUGGACAAAGCUGUGACCAUUGAUACAAGUGUAAUCCUUCAAGAGAAGUACAAGUCCUACAUUUAUCUCAGAGCCACGCCCUCAGAUGAAAUGGAGAACUUUACUACAGGGAUGACAUACAAAGCAAGGAAAGAGCUUCAUAAGGCAGCACGAAGGUUCAUGGAAAUGUCCUCUAGGGUUUUGCUGGGAUCAUUGAAUGAACAUUUUAGCCAUGUGGAUGCAGACCCACAUGAGGUGGCCCUCUGGGUUCUGCUGAAGAGAACGCAGUCGACCGACAAAGCCGUGAGGCUACAGGCCACACAGGAGCUUGCAGACAAUCACCACUGGCAUGACUACCAGUACCAGACAGCAGCUCAAGUUAUUGACCAGAGGACAGCAGUGGGCCUGGCCCGAACUCCACGAGUAGAUCUACGAUUCUUCCUGCCUCCACCACCGUUACCUAAUCUGGAAGAGGGUUUGUCGGCAGAAGACGGACUCAGGAACCUGCUGGCAUCUCUGCCUCUGUCUGAGGUAGACAAGUGUGUUCAGUACUUCACGUCAUUGGCCCUCAGAGAGAGCACUCAGUCCAUGGCAGCACAACGGGGCGGUCUGUGGUGCUUUGGUGGCAAUGGGCUCCCCUAUGCACAAAGCCUCACUUCUGUUCCUUCAGAGAAGGUGGAGUCUUUCUGUCUACAGGCACUGGUUCAGCAUUCAAAGGUUCAGAGCCACUGUGACCACAUUGUUGUAAAUGGGGGUCUGCAGCUGCUCCAGAGAGUCUUUCAGCUUCGUAGAGACUCUCUUAAGAUUCAGGGGAACAUUGUUCGUAUAAUAGGAAACUUGGCACUCAAUGAGAGUGUUCACCAGGACAUAGCACAGUCUGGUUGGGUAUCAGUCCUGGCUGAGAUGAUGCAGUCUCCUCAUGUCAUGCAGGCGUCUCAUGCGGCUCGUGCCUUGGCCAAUCUCGACAGGGAAAUGGUGGAAGAGAAAUACCAGGAUGGGAUCUACAUCCUCCACCCACAAACACGUGACAACCAACCAAUCAAAGCAGAUGUGCUGUUCAUCCAUGGGAUUCUAGGCGCAGCCUUUAAGACAUGGAGGCAAAAGGACAGAAAUAUGUUAGAGGAAAAGGAGGACGAAAGCAUUACGGAGUACACAGAGUGCUGGCCAAAAUCAUGGUUGGCUGCCGAUUGUCCAAAUCUAAGGAUAUUGUCAGUCGAGUAUGACACUCAUCUCAGUGACUGGAUGGCCAAAUGUCCAGCUGAAAACCAGAGGAAGUCGUUGGCCUUUAGAAGUCAAGAGCUGCUGAAGAAGUUAAAACUAGCUGGUGUUGGAGAGAGGCCUGUGAUCUGGGUGGCCCACAGUAUGGGAGGAUUGCUUGUUAAAAAAAUGCUGCUUGAUGCCUCGGAUAACCCGGACAUGCAGGGGCUGCUAAAGAACACCAAGGGCAUCAUGUUCUACAGUGUUCCUCAUCGUGGCACUUCUAUGGCUGAAUACUCAGUCAAUGUCAGAUAUCUCCUCUUUCCCUCAAUAGAAGUCAGAGAACUUUGCAAAGAUUCACCAGCGCUGCGUAACCUGAAUGAAAACUUCCUGAAAUUGGCCAAUGAAAAGGAAUUCAAUGUGCUGAGCUUUGCGGAGACGGUACCAACAAACAUUGGUUCAAUGAUCAAAAUAUUGGUGGUACCGACACAUUCAGCAAAUCUUGGCAUUGGGGAGCUCAUUGAGGUGGAUGUAGAUCAUCUAAACAUCUGCAAGCCAGAGAAGAAGGACUCCUUUUUGUACAAACGCAGCCUCCAGUUCAUCCAGGAAGCACUGCAGAGCUACAUCAGCCACUAAAACACAUGAACAAAAACACACUGGAGUCUACUGUAAACUUGAAAAGAGGAAGAGUACGGUCACCCACCCAGGCCAAAUGAAAACAUAACUGCCUCUCUUUGUUGCACACUUACAUAACUCCCUAUUAUUUUAUCAUGUCAUAAUUAGCAAAGUUACACUUGUUUUACAUAUCGCUGUAUUAUUUGUUUUGUAAUCAGAUCUGGGUGCUAAAAUUUUAGUUUUAGUCAUCACCAUAGGUUUUUCCCAUUUAAUUUUAAAGCUCAUGAGUACUAUGUUUACAGAUAUAGACUAUAGAAUAGACUUACUUCAGAUGUUUUUUUUAAUAGUAUUUAAUUUUUUAAUUCCAAUACAAAAUGCUCAUUCUGUUUUACUGAUUUAUCAUUGCCACUUUUGCUCAGUAUUUUUGACCAGUGUAAUGGUUUAUGGAUUUAUUUUUAAUAUAUAUAUUUAUUAUAACUAAAGUAUGACAUCAGUAUCGUGUGCCAAAACAAAUAAAUCCUGAGCCCUACUGUACCUCAGA